AAUAAAAUUAAGAUUGCACUUACAAUUGAGCAAAGAGCUAAAUGUGCUGAGCUGGAAUCGGGAAAGUCUGGUGUUAGCAGCUGUCAGGUGCUGGUCCUGCCGGCAGAUGAUGCUAGGAGCCGCGUGCGUGUCACCGAUCUUCCUGCGUUCCAGAUACAGCCUGUUCGUCUUUACGGUAAGUGCCAGAAAGUGAAAUAAUGUCCUUACGCGUUUCGUGAGUCUGCUGCUCACUUCAUCAGAGGAACGCAUCCUCUGAUGAAGUGAGCAGCAGACUCACGAAACGCGUAAGGACAUUAUUUCACUUUCUGGCACUUACCGUAAAGACGAACAGGCUUCAUCAUCUGCCGGCAGGACCAGCACCUGACAGCUGCUAACACCAGACUUUCCCGAUUCCAGCUCAGCACAUUUAGCUCUUUGCUCAAUUGUAAGUGCAAUCUUAAUUUUAUUCUGUGGACAAUAAAACUAUUCAUUUUUUAACACAGAAAGCAUCUUUGCAUUAGUCUCUGCAAGACCGGAGGGAUUUUCUUCCUAUUAUACUGCAAGUCACUGAUUAUGACCUGCUAGUUAUUACUAUUUCUUUUUUCACAAGUACAUAAGUAUAUUUGCUAAUCGCUAUUGCUACAUUUACAAUCAAAUAUAUUUGUACUAUAUUAAUUCAGCUAAUUCAGCAUCCACUAUUCCAGUUUGUUCAUAACUGGUAAAAGCUGAAACAGCUAACAUCAUUCACGGACUGUUAUGAACUUUUAUUCUAAGUGAUACAAUUGUAUCAUUCUGUCUACUAUUGGAUUUAUUGCAACAAUAGCAUAUUUAUAUCAUUUGUCUUAUAUAUGCUCUUCAUUUAUAUGCUAUUCUAAGUCAUAUUAUGUCAUUUUAGCAUUUUUACAUACCAGUUUAAAAUUUAAAGGUAUACACUCCUCCUGAAUAUAUAUUGGAUUAUUCAUCCAAUAUCUUUUGUCUAUUGCACUUGUAGGGAUUUUUUAGUGGAGUCCCUUUUUUCAGUUGAGAGUUAACCUUUAGCUGUGUUUUAAACUCUCUCCUAAGGUACACCAUUGGGACCUUUAUAUUUUUUCUGUUAUAGCACACUACCGCCUAAACCAGGAAAAAACCCAAGCACUACCCAUCACACUUCCCCUACCCACCACAUCCUCCCUGAAGGAGAACUAUACGUUUGACUGGAGGACACCCUCACUUACUUACCUUGGUGUAAAAAUUGCAUCUUCUAUAGCCGAAGUACAGAAAUUAAAUUACCUUACCCUUCCACAACAAUGUUAG